GGAAAUCUUCUAGCUGUUACUACAGCAGACAAUGGAAUAAAGAUACUCGCUACCACUGCUGGUCUUAGAUCUUUAGGAGUAGUUGAAGCCCCGUCCUUUGAAGCAUUAAGAUCACCUAUUGAAUCUGCUGCAAUUAAGAAUGGAGUUGAUCCUAUGGCUAGAAACAUGGAAAAGCUAAAAACUUUGGAUGAUGUAACUGAUAAAACCAAACCCUGGCAGUUGGCCGAAAUUAUAGAUCCUGCUCAAUGCCGGCAGGUUACCAUGCCAGACAGCAUGGAUGCAGUCAACAAGGUUGCUCGACUACUCUAUACAAAUUCCGGUUUUGGUGUAUUAGCACUUGGGUCUAAUGGGAUUCAGAAGUUAUGGAAGUGGACACGUAGUGAACAAAAUCCAGGUGGAAAGUGUUAUCAGGAACAAUUGUUGAUAAAGUAAUUGCGGAGCUUGAGACCUGUGGAUUCCAAUGUUUGAUUGCUGGAAUUGGCGGGAACGGUCUUCAGAUUUCCUUCCAGUCUUCGUCCUGAUUUUCUCAGAACAGGCACUAAUCUUAAUUGCUGAUAGAAAAUCCAGUUCAAAGAUUAGGUGCAACAGGGGCCAGAGAGGUAAAAGCAAUUUUCUACAUUUAAUCGAGGCUUAUUUGCAAGUGACGAUGGCAAUAGAAACUGCGCAAGGCUGUAAGUUAAUUUUUGCAGGUAAAGCAACAUUUUUU